AUCAAUGAAUUUGAGUAAUUGAGAACCGCUGUUUAAAUGAGCAACAUGGCGAUUUCCUUGCUUCUUAAGGUUGAAGUAGGUGUAGUCGUAAAUGAAAUAUAGGAAUAGUCACUAAAUUAUUAUUAGGAACAAAACAGGUUUAACACCAAAACAUGGUAAAAUUAUAUGCAUUAUCAGUUUUAUAUAAAAAUCCUACAUCGGCAACAACCUUAAAAUCUGCCUAUGAUGUAGAAUCAUUCUCUUUUUUUCAAAGAGGAAGCGUUAAAGAAUUUAUGAGCUUUGUAAGUAAAACUAUCGUAGAAAGAACUCAGAACAGUUCGAGACAAAGCGUGAAAGAAGGAGAUUACAUGUGUCAUGUAUAUGUUAGAGCUGAUAAUCUUGCUGCAGUUCUUAUAUCGGAUCAUGAAUAUCCAAGAAGAGUGGCUCAUACAUUAAUUACAAAAGUUAUGGAUGAGUUUUCAUUGAAGUAUCCACAGUCAACAUGGGAUACUUUAAGCGAAACUACCAUUGACUUUGCACAGCUUAAUGUAUAUUUAGCAAAAUAUCAAAAUCCUAAUGAAGCUGAUGCUCUUACCAAAAUGCAGAAUGAUUUAGAUGAAACCAAAAUCAUUUUGCACAAUACAUUGGAAGCUGUUCUUCAAAGAGGAGAGAAAUUGGAUGAUCUUGUUUCAAAAUCAGAGGGUCUUAGCGCUCAGUCGAAAGCAUUUUACAAAACUGCUCGAAAAACUAAUUCUUGUUGCAGUUUAGCUCCUUAAAACCUUAGAUUAAUCGAUAUCAUCAAUCGAUUGCACGAAAUAUUACUGUCAUAACCAGAGUGGCAAAUGCAAAAAAGGAAAUUAGUAUUAUGUAUGUUUGAUUACAGAAACAUUUUACAAAUUCCAUAAUUGGUAUAACGAGUUAAGUUUAAUAUUUUAUGUACAGAUUUUUUAUAUAUAAAACAUGAAUGCACUUAAAUGGUAUAGCAAGCUACUAUCAGAGUUGCCCAAUUGUUUCUAAUAUGCUUAAUGAUUUCUAUAAAUCUUUUGUUAAAAUGUGUUCAAUAUGUUGUGACUGGAAAAUACUUUGUUCCAACUAAAUUUUAUUCUAUUUUGUUCAUGCAAUAAUGAAAGAUAUAAAGACGAAGUACAAAUAAAUUAAUUGUAAACGUUCUAUUGACAAAAUUAAGUGCAUGGUGUAAAUUUAUAAACGAUUAUUUUAACGUUUGUUUAUAACGUAAUAAUAAUGAAAAUGAAUAAUAUUUUUGGUAAAUAAUCAUAUUUGUUAACAUUUUUUUAUUAUGUUGUAGUGUUUUCUAUUAAGAAUAUACUACUAAAAUAUUGAAAAUUUGAAAAGAUGGUUAAAAACAACUAAGGUUUACUAUUUUUACAGAAAUACUAUUGAUAAAGAUAAAAAAAAAAAAGUAAAGCAGUUUAGAUAUGAUUUUAUAAUCGAG